AUGGCCCUGGCCCUACCACCUCCCACCCUCGCAAUCUUAGAUCCACCCACCUCCUCGGCUCCUAUACCCACAUCCCAACCAAAACCUACAUCCACAAUGGGCGAAACAAACGGCGCGGGCUCCGGCACGCCGCUUGGCGAUUUGAGCAAUAUCUCUGCGGGCCAGGUUCGCCCCGGUGGCGCCCCAGCGCGUGUCUAUCUCAAUGAGAAGGUCGUGCCGUAUCUACUUGAUGGGAUGAAGUCUGUUGCGCGUGAACAGCCUGCCAAUCCUCUCCGUGUGCUCGGCGAGUUCUUGCUUCAGAAGAGUAAUGAAGUGGAGGGUGAGACUAAGAAGGAGUCGGAGUAG